GUUAUUCAAUGUGCGGGAACAAAAACUGUCACAUGACCACAGAUGCGAACGACCACGGCUAUUUUUCGGAUAAAACGUCAAUCGAAGAUGGAUCGCUCAGACCCACAUAUAUGCCGCUAUUGUGGCAACGUACUUAAAAGCAAGUCGUCUCUGCGCCAGCAUGAGAUUAGUCACACAGGGACUGGGAAGGGAUAUACAUGCUGCGAUAAAGUGUUCUUCAGCAAGACGAAUCUGAACAGGCACAGAUGCCAUGUACAUGGCGAAGAGAAGGCAUUCGUGUGUACCAAGUGCAGUAAGUCAUUUCCUACAAAUGCUGACCUGCAGAAGCACAUGCGGCGGGAAAAUGGGCAGACAAUUGCGUGUGAUAAAUGUGGCGUACGUUUUGCUGAGAAUUCCAAUUUAAAGGCACACAUAGAUAUGCACAACGAAGAACAUAACUUGAAAUGCUUGAAGUGUGACAAAGUAUUCCGGCAUCGAAGUAGCCUGUCUCGUCACAUGAAAGUACACAGCAGUAAUUAAGCGAC